CCUUACACACUAUGCGGCCCAGGAGCCAAAAUGAGCGGCGGAGCCGAGCGAUUGGUAGGGCGCUCCGCUUGGAAUCCAGGAAGUGAGCUCACGACAGUUUCUUGUGGACAUGUUUCUGAGGGAGAAGAAAGUAAGCCGAAGUGUCCCAAAACCCCCGUGUACGAUAGGAGGACCUUGAAGGGGGGGAAAAAAAAAAGAGACUGUUUGAGGUGGAAUUCAAUCGGCCGAAGGAGCUGAAAGAACUUGACGGGAGACAAGGAGGGCUGAAAUCUGUGCUGCCGAGUGCGGGAGGUGCCCGCUGAGCCGCUGGAGUUCGCGGGAGAGGGAGGAAGAGAGAGGAAAAAAGAAGAAAAGGAACCGCGAAGGAAGGAGAGGCGCGGGGAGCGGCGCGUGGAGAGCCGACUGGGCGGACGGUGAGGACGAAGAUGGAGAGGAGCGCGAGGAGCGCAGCGAGGAGGCGCGAGCUGGCGGCUGGAGCGGCUCCGCGCGCUCCGUGAGAGAGACAGAGACAGAGAGGGAGAGGAAAACGCCAGGAGGAACGGGAAAGAAGGUUUUGUUUUGCCCUCUCCUCCCCUCCGCUUCCUUGCUGCGGCUAACCCAGCUGGGCAGUUAGUGCGCCUCUGGUGUCGGCCGGGUACGUUCCAAAGGAGGCCGGCACCUGGCUGCCUGCGGCACUGGGACUGCAUGAUUUGCCGAUGAUGAUGGUUAUCUACUGGACCGUGGGGGGUAAGAUCAUGACAUGAUGGGCUGCGGGACGAGCAAGGUGCUCCCAGAGCCGCCCACGGAAGUUCAGCUGGACCUAGUGAAAAGUGUUGAGCCCCAGAAGGACCCCUACAAGCACUUCAUCCGUGGUGAUGAUGGCAGCGGAGCAAAGGUGGAAAAGCAGAGCUCACCUUCCCCGCAUGUCCCAGCCCUGCUGCCUCCUGGAGGCACCUGCGAGCCCACGGACUCGCGUCGCAACAAGGUGGCCAAGUACCGGGCCAAGUUUGACCCACGCGUCACAGCUAAGUACGAUAUCAAAGCACUGAUUGGGCGUGGCAGCUUCAGCCGUGUGGUGCGUGUGGAGCACAAGAGCACACGGCAGCCGUAUGCUAUCAAGAUGAUUGAGACUCGCUACCGAGAGGGCCGAGAGGUCUGCGAGUCGGAGCUCAACGUGCUCCGUCGCGUGCGCCACACUAAUAUCAUUCAGCUGAUGGAGGUGUUUGAAACCGCCGAGCGUGUAUAUAUGGUCAUGGAGCUGGCUACAGGCGGUGAGCUCUUUGACCGCAUCAUCGCUAAGGGCUCCUUCACCGAACGUGAUGCGACGCGUGUCCUGCAGAUGGUGCUGGAUGGUGUCAAAUACCUGCAUACGUUGGGCAUCACGCAUCGUGACCUCAAACCCGAGAACCUGCUGUACUACCACCCGGGUGCCGACUCCAAGAUCAUGAUCACGGAUUUUGGCCUGGCCAGCACUCGCAAGAAGGGUGACGAGUGCUUGAUGAAGACCACAUGUGGAACGCCUGAGUACAUUGCACCAGAGAUCCUGGUGCGCAAACCGUACACCAACGCCGUGGACAUGUGGGCGCUGGGGGUCAUCUCCUACAUCUUGCUCAGCGGCACCAUGCCAUUUGAGGAUGAGAACCGGACCCGACUGUACCGGCAGAUACUCAAGGGGAAAUACAGCUUCUCAGGGGAGCCCUGGCCAAGUGUAUCCAACUUGGCCAAGGACUUCAUUGACCGUGUGCUGACUGUGGAUCCCAAUGAGCGGAUGACUGCAGGGCAGGCUCUUAAGCACCCUUGGAUUGUUAGCAUGGCAGCAUCAUCCUCCAUGAAGAAUUUGCACCGCUCUAUCUCGCAGAAUCUCCUGAAGAGGGCAUCAUCGCGCUGCCACAGCACCAAGUCGGCCCAGUCAACACGUUCUAGCCGCUCAACCAGGUCCAACAAGUCACGGCGCGCUCGGGAGCGGGAGCUACGCGAGCUGAACCGCCGCUACCAGCAGCAGUACAAUGGCUGAGGCUAGACAGUUUGGUCUUCCUUAGCCAAGCUUAAAGACAAAUCCUGCUGCAGGAACUGAAGCACAGCUUGAGACUCCCCUGGUGGAAUGGACCCUGGCCUUGCAUUGGCUCCAAUACUGCGCAGACAAAGAACUUUACCUUUCUGAGUGACUAUCAUCCUCAUCCCUUUUUUUACCAUUGUUUCUUUCUUUCUGUGUGUAUGUCAGGUUUUUAUUUAUUUAUUGUCCAUUGUUAUAGCUAAGGUCACUUGAAGGCUUAAAAGAUGAAGGGUCUGUUGAGCAGAAUUCUGGGAAAUGAAGGUGUAAAUGAAGAGAGGGCUGUUUCUUGCAUGUUUUAUAUUAGCUGUGAAUUGUUAUGUCAGAGUGCUGAAUGUUUGCAAAUGGAAAGGAACAGCAAUAAUAGAAGGCAAUAACAAGAAAUGGAUGAGUAAAUUCAGAGUUUAAACUCUUGGUAUAGCUGUAUUGUCCAAUUUUUGUUUAGUGUUGUGAAGAUUAAGUCAAACAAUCAGUUUUUGUUCUA